AUGUCAGAGCCUCGACGAUCUGGUCGUCAACGCAAGGUCAACCCAAGAUACGCCAAUGAUGGUUGGGACAAGGACACUUUGCGUAUCCUCCGGGCAGAAUCCGAAUCAUCUGGCUCAUCCCCUGCGGAAGGGUCGACAUCAUCAGACUCGGAAGACGGUAAAACACACAACCACGUCAAUGCCCAAGCUGACGACGUCUCUCUUGCCUCUGCGGCCUCGAUUCAAUCCUCCGAUGUCGAGACACCAGAUCAAGGACAAGACGACGAGGACAUAAGCCUAGUGUCUGAUGAUGACGUUACAAGUCGUAAACGACCAAGUCACCGAUCACGACCUUAUGCCGCAGCCACAGGCGAACUGACGCGGUCACGGGGCGUACAACCUCCGUCUCAACUGGGAAAGAGAUCAGCUUAUGCUAACAUCUUUGGACCCGAGAUUAGUGACUUGGUUGAUGUCCUUCUAUCCAGGGAUACUUGGCUAAUGGGUCGAGAUAUCACGAUUCCGAGCAGGCAGACGCUGUCCACCGCCAUCGAGCAAUCAAACGAGCUCGACCAAUGCGGCACUGAGAGAAAUGAUGGUUCAGGACCAGAAAGGGAAGACGCUCACGUGGUAGAAUCAUUGAUUGAUACGGUGCGUAAUCAUCAAGUCUAUAAGGCAAUUGGCCUGAAAGAUGUGUACGAAAAGUACCUGUUGCGUGACAUGCCGGGGCACUCGGCUGUUCUUGGUGCUUGGGGGAGGCAGACCAAGUUUGAACUCGAUUACCUCUCUGCCUUGGAUUUGGGAAUGGCGUGGCUUGAUCAUGAGGAUCCCCGUGAUGCUGAAACGUCACAGAUCGGAGAAGUGCCUGCCCAGAAGCGAUAUCAUCAAGGUUGGCUACUAAACGUCGGAGAGAAAGUUCAAUGCUUCGCGUGGGCUGUUGGGGCCCAUUCAGUGCAGUACCUCGCCGUUGCUGUGAAAUGUACCUCAUACCAGAGACGAAUGGCACCUGAAAACGAGUGCGAACCUUCAGCUUUUCAUCCCUCCCCAUCGUAUCAGACCGGCAUCCAGAUCUGGGCCUUUCGUACAAGACCCACGAGUGUCCACGAUAUCCGAACACUGGAAAUAGACGACAAGCCCCGUUUGGCAGUUGUGCUUGGAACUGCAUGGGGCAACAUCCGUCAACUUAAGUGGUGCCAAUUCGAACCCGACGCAGACGAUAACCACAAGAACACUGUUAGCCGAACCAUUGGUCUCCUUGCGGUGGUCUCAAGCGAUGGCCAUGCCCGCAUGAUCGCAGUGCCGCGUCCUGAUAAUCCCGACGCAAUAGUACCGACCACUCUCCGAGUGGAGAGGGCUGGAUUUGAUAUUCCGCCUCCAACGGACACUGUUUUCACCACGCUCGCCUUUGCCGGCCCCACGAAUCUCAUGCUGGGCACUGCGGACGGAUUUCUACAUUCCUUCGAUUUGGCUGAACCGACCAGCCAAGGAGGACAUCCAAAGUGCUACAUGAAACAACAACUCCACCACACGUACAUCGUUGCUCUCUGCCCGGCCUUGCCCGGCCCACAACCGACCUUCCUGGCUAGCAUUUCAGCUUCUGGCGAUCUUGCCAUGACAGACCUGCGAAGCCCGGAGCAAGACAGGGUCCGCGUUGCUCGACCGAGCUUCCCAACCAAAGAUCUGGUAUAUUCACCAUUUACGCGCUCCUUUAUCGCGGUUCUCGACCGUGGAGGAAAUACCCAGAUAGAGAGAAAUGCAGCAACGUUCCUUGUCUGUCAUCACACCAGGCAAUUCCCCAGUUUGUUGAGGAUUGCAAAACUCUCACAUGAUACCGGAGCUGCCACAGCUCUCGCAGGUUCACCCUGGCACCCAUGCAUUUUGGUCGGCAAUGCUAAAGGUCAAGUCCUUGCCACGAAUUAUCUACGGAAGGUGCUUCCCUACCGGAAAUCGGAUCCAAAGAAAGCUGUGGGCGCAUACAUGCAAAAGCUUUGCGAAUAUGAUUGGCAUCCGCUCUCGCCGCGGGAGCGAAGACGCAAAGACGGCUCGCCACUCGUCCCGGAAGCCACAGAGGAAGAAAUGCCCGAUAUUUUCCACGGGCAUGACACCCGCCCGGGGAUAUCCCGCUUCCAUGAAGGCUUCAAACCAGAGAAAAUCGCAGUCGCCUAUGUCUUGCCCAAGGUGAAGAAAUCGAAGCUAAGAAAGGCCGACACGGGAGGGGCAGGACCUGGAGAGGCUGUCUUCGAAGAAGAGCAAGCCGUCACUGCGCUCGAGUGGAAUCCAAAUGCGGCCUGUGCUGGGAUCGUGGCGAUAGGGUGGGGCAGUGGCAUCGUGAGGGUACAGGAUCUUGCAUACGAUGUCCAAUCGCCAUGA